AGUUCAGUUGCAAACAAUUUGUCUAGCUAACAAGAAGCAAAAAUAGAAAAUGUCUCUGAUAGUCGAGAAUGAGAUCCAAUGGCUGACGGAGAUUAUUUUGCCAAAGAUUCUGCGUAAUGGAAAACUUCUCGAUGACUACAACGAAUCGCUGGCUGAAACAUUCGAAGUGAAGAGCGUUGAAAUCAAUGUAAUUGGCGUCGAUGAGGCGUACAUGCUGACCAUAUGCUACAGAGCUACGAUCGAGCUGAAAUAUGCAGGGCAGCAGCUGCAGAAGAAAUUAGUAGUAAAGAAAACGCCCAAGAUAUCGAGCGACCUAUACAAUGUGAUACAAUUUGAUAGUCUGUUCAGCAAUGAAGUUAUCUUCUACACCGAGAUACUGCCAGUUAUCCAGGAGCUGAGCAACGGCAAGUUCGCUGCGCCCAGAUAUUAUUAUAGCGAGAUCAAAGCGGAUGCUGCGCUGAUUAUACUGAGUGAUUUUGCCUCCGAUGGCUGGAGUGUCACCAAAGACCUGUACGGCCUGAGCCUGGAGCAUGCCCGCAUAGCAGUUAAGUACCUGGGCACAUUUCAUGGCUUUGGCUUUGCCAUGAAGCACACGCAGCCGGAGCGUUUCCAGCAGCUCACUGCAAAGCUGCGGGAAGCUCGUUACGCCAAGGAGACGCUCAGCACGGAGUGGGGAUUGAAGCAUAAAAUCAGCCUGAGGCGAGCCGAAGGAGUCGUAGCAAAAUAUCAGCCACAAAUGGACAAGGAAUUCAUUAGGAAAUUCCAGCAACUCGUCUACAGUUAUAUAGGCUAUGGACGCCAGAGAGUGGCGCCGCGCGAGCCCCUCUCCACACUCUGCCAUGGCGACUAUCUGAGGAACAAUGUGGCCUACAAGUACGACGCGGACAGCAGUGGAACGCCUCUUGAUAUCAUGAUGUUCGACUAUCAGACAAUGCGUGUGUCCUCGCCCAUGAUAGAUCUGUCCGUCUUUCUGGCUCUUUCCCUGCUCGCCGAAGUGCGCUAUGCGAAUUUCGAUACUCUCUUCGAUGACUAUUGCAAUGCCUUGGCUGAAAGCUACAGAGAACAUUCAAAGCAACAAUUGCCGGAGUUCUUAAGUCGCGAGAAUUUGCUAAAGGAAUAUAUCCGAUUCUUACCCUAUGCCAUACAUAUAACCUCCUAUUUUCUGAUGUCGCUCGUUGCUCCACCUAAAAAAUCGCCGGCAGAAAACUUCGAGUCACAGAUCUCCACCAAGGAAAUUGUGCAGACGGCCAUGCAUCAAGGCGGCGAGUUGGUGGAUCGUGAAAUAGCUCACCAGCUUAAGGAAUUAUACGAACUGAGCCGCUUGCACAACGUGCAAAUAGAUGAGCAUAUUGAUACAUCCAAGUGGUCUGAAGAGGCUGCCAAGUUUGUAAAUGAAUCAACUGAACUGUACGGAAUUGAUUGAAUUUUGCAAA